AUGUCCAGUCGUGUUGGAAUACUGACAGAGUUUAAUUAUGAAGACCUUGAGUUGUGGUACCCGUACUACCGACUACGAGAGGAAGGAUAUGACACGUUUACCAUAGGACCAGAGAAAGGCAAAACUUACAACUCUAAACACGGCUAUCCUUGUAAGGCAGAGGAAGGAAUCGACGAUGUUAGAGCGGAGGAGUUAGCUGGUCUUAUCAUUCCCGGAGGUUUCGCACCCGACUACUGGAGGAGAGACAAAAGAUUUCUAGAUCUCGUAAAGACUAUAUAUCAGUCAGGAAAGCCUAUCGCUGCGAUAUGUCACGGUGCAUGGAUGUUCUGUUCCGCCAAAAUUCUGAAGGACAAGAAAGUUACAUGCUUUGUUGCAAUUAAAGACGAUGUUGAAAACGCUGGAGCUCUGUAUGAGGAUUCUCCUGUCGUAGUGGAUGGAAACAUGAUCACAUCAAGACUUCCAAAGGAUUUACCAGAUUUCUGUAAAGCGAUCAUAAGUCAGCUGAAGAAGUAGAAAUCAAUAUAUGUCAUUACAUUGUGUUGAAUUUCCAGCUAUUCGAGUACUUGCUAUUACAACAGAUCAUCAAUCCUCGUUCUCAUCAAUAUCAAACUUCAUAUAUGUUACUGUUAUAGAGUGCUGGACAAAACUGCAUUUUACUGGCAAAAAUAGUGAAUGUCCAUAAAAAGCUUAAGGAAAGGCAUAUAUGAAAUUUAAUAUUAAAUUCAUGAAAGUCUAGAUGAAUUAUGUUGUGGAAUUCCUACCUUGAAAUAUUCAGAGGAGUAUUUUAAAGUGUUGAUCGAUAAUACAAAUUCAUUUUUUAUUGUCCAUAAGGUUGAAUAACGGAGCGAUGUAGUAAUUUUCUGUUAUGAAUAAAUAUAAUUCAUCUCUACAAA